AUGGCCCCUCGCCAUUCUGAUGCACCAUGCUUCGUCCCUCCUCAUCCCGACCUCCUCGCACGUACAAGAACUGCGGCCUUGAAGGUGCAAGGGACUGCAAACGAACGAUCCUUCAAAGCAACUGCCCAUGACCUCAUCGGAGGAGAGCGAAGGUUGCCGGGUAUGAAUGACGGCACAAUCUUUCCCCAGUCUCACUUCGCACAACGCACCUCUAUCAUGGCAAUGAGUAACGCUGCGCUUGAGAGAACCCCUUUGAGUGGCGCCCUUAAGGUUGCAAUUGUUCUCGUCGAAUUCCAAGACGUGAAAAUGGCGGCCGACGCGAAGGAACGCUUUCAGGACCUUUUUUUCUCCACCGGAAAGAUUGCGACUGGCUCUGUUAGCGAAUACUACUCAGAAGUCUCCAACAAGAAGAUCUCACUUACUGGUGAGGUUGUUGGACCAUUCACACUCAGCAAGGACUUGGCUUAUUAUGCCAACAAUAAUUACGGCCGUGGCUGGCCUGAGCCGAAUUCCAUGUCUAUGGCGAACGAAGCACUGGACAAAGCCACUGGACUCAUCGACUUCGCACCAUAUGACAACGACGGCAAUGGCUAUGUCGAUGCCUUCGUGGUCAUUCAUGCGGGUAGAGGUGCCGAAGAAACGGGAAACCUGAACGACAUUUGGAGCAUCAAAUGGACUCUGCCAGCAGAGCGAGAAGUUAACGGUGUGAAGAUUUAUGGAUUCUUGACCGUACCAGAAGAUGCCAAGUGUGGUGUAUGCGCACAUGAAUUGGGGCAUUUACUGUUCGGCUGGCCUGACCUCUAUGACACCGACUAUAGCUCUGCCGGUAUCGGAAAUUGGUGCCUUAUGUCAUUCGGUUCCUGGGGAGGAAGCGGGGACCGACCUGUACACCCUUCAGCAUGGUGCAAGCAAACGCAAGACUGGAUUGGCACCGUCACGGAGACGGAGAACCACCAGAUUACCCUUCAAGAUGUCAAGUCUGGCCUGAAGACCCAUCGACUCUGGACCAAUGGCGACUCAAAUAGCCAGGAGUACUAUCUGAUUGAGAAUAGGCAGCUUACAGGCUUUGACGAGUCCUUACCUGGUGCCGGUCUACUCGUCUGGCACAUUGACGAUUCAGUGUCGUCCAACACAGACGAGAACCAUCCCAAAGUCAAGAUCAUGCAAGCCGACGGACUCGAUCAACUCAAGGCCAACCUCGGCCGUGGAGAUGCUGGCGAUGUUUUUCCUGGUCUUGCCAACAAUUCCACCUUCAACGCCACAUCUAAUCCGGAUAGCAAGGCGUAUGCUGGAAAUGAUACGUAUGUCUCCGUGACAGGCAUCCCUCCACCAGCUGCUUCCAUAACAUUCAACAUCACCGUCAAGCCCAUUAACCAACCUCCUACGGGUGACUUCGACCCAAAGAAAUGGUACCGACUCAAAAAUACAUUCCAGCCUCAGACCGACUCCCUCGACGUCAUCAACGACAACGGCCCCAACAGUACCGGCCUCCUUCAAAUGGCUCGCGACGGAAAUUUCACUGGCCAGUACUGGCAGAUCAAGUCCAACGGCGACGGGACCUACGCCCUUCGCACCCUCUUCCUCGGCCCCGAUCGCCAGCUCGACGUCUAUAGUAACGACAAGCUGACGCCAGUGCUUGAUAAAGCAGGCUUCUUUUCGGGCCAGUUCUGGACUAUCAAGCCCUGGGGCGAUGGCACGUGGCACCUGGAGAACGCGUAUGACGGACAGUUCUUGUAUUUGGAUACUAUGGAGGGUGGCCCGAAGGUUGCCAUGAAUCAGGCAAAUACUGGGAGGCCGACGCAGAGGUGGACGAUUACGCCGAUUCGGGACAUUACUGAAAGUGGUUUCUGAUUGGGAUUGAGAUGACUGAAACUCCCAACCGGCUUCAGGACGCUUUGCGCGUUAUGUAUCGUUCGAGGUUAUGACGGGAAGCGAGUACACUGGGAAUUUUUGAGGUAGCGGGGGCGUACAGCACUCCAUUCUGGAGCGUUCAAGUUGGUAAAGGUUUUAGUCCCAGAUAGUCGAGUCCCCUAAAAUUGAUUUGUUAGG